CACCUCCUGGUACAUGGGACAAUGCUCAACCACACCCACCGGGCCUCAGUGUGUCUUUUUAGGAGGACACAAAGAAAGAGAUAGAAAGGAUGUGAGAGGAAGCUUCACCACUACUGACCUGCUGGAGGAGGUUCAAGUCACCUCAUCAUUUUAGGCCCCCCAACAGCAUUUGGCCAAGGGAUGCCUCGCCUGCAGAUCAUUCUAGGUCAUGCUCGGAGUGGCCCUGUGCAGUGCCCCACUACUGGCCACAGAAAGUUGUCUUUCAAGGGCUCAGUUCUAACUCUGGUCCCUUAGCCACGUGCCCUCCCCACCUUGUUCUCAAAUCCUCAAGAGGUUCCAAUAGGACCCCAUACUUCACAGGGAGACCUUCCCUCUACUCAUAUCCUCGGAUUUUUCAGAACCUGCUAUCUCUUCGUAUCCUUGCCUCCCCUACCCUGCAGCUGGAAAACCGGGAGACCAGGUAGGUUGCAAGACAGGGGGGCGGGGAGCCAAUCAUUCAUCCCCUUUAACCCCGCCCUGGAGCCAGAAGAGGCGGGAAGUGACAGAGAUGUGCGUAAUGGGGCGGGAUGGGGCCUGGAAAUCCCUGGCGCCUGCGAUGAAAGGCCCGGCUGACCGCCGCCUCCACCAGGCUUAAUUAGAGACCCCAGCCGGGCGCCCACGUUCUGAUUGCUGGCCAGGGACCCCCUCCUCCCAGCCCCGAGGCACAGCAAAGCUGUAGAACAUGAAGGAGAGACUCCCAGCUCUGCGACUGAGCUCAGGGAAAAGGAUAUCUAACUGGAGAGAGAAAAAUGGGAGCAGGGGAGGAAAGGCUAUUAGACCUUCUCAGGAUUUAGGGGGCAUGACAGCUGGGCCUGUAAGAAUGGGGGAGGGGGAGAGGACAUGGGAACCUGGCCAGUGACUUUAACCUCCUCCUCAUAAAUCUCAAAUAAUCCUGGUUCUGAAGGGAUGGGAGCAGGGCUGUGUGGGGUGUAUAAGAUUUAGCUCUCUGAUACGGAUGAGGGAGCACCAGCUAGGGCUGCGAUGGAUUUGGGGACCAUUCUUGCACCAUUCAUACAGGGGAAAGAGUCCUUCGGAACAUCACUAAUGGGGAAGAGGCCAAGAGGUGGCUUUAACCCCUCCUCCAAAUAAGGAUCGAAGAUAAAUGGGCACGAAGGGCCAAUACAAACCCUAUCGCCCCAUUCCUGACAGUCAGAUCGCCACUACCAAGUCUCCCUCCUCCACUACAGAGCUUUCAAUCCCUAAAAUACCCUGUGAGAGGCCACAUGGCACCUCGGGUUUCUGGGGCGCGCCGCAGCAGGGCAGGGGAGCUCUCCUGCACAGCGUUCCUGGGAUGCGUGCCCUUCACCUCUAGGCAGGGGGCGCCUUGGCCCGGGAGAGACAGCAGGCUCAGGGGCGGGCGCUGCGGGGCGCGCUCCUCCCCUGGCCGGUGUCAGGUUUACGGAACAGAGCUUCCAGGCAGGACGCGCGGUGGCCUGACGGACGCGAGAAUUCCUUUCGCCUGACCCGGCCCGUCCUGACCCUGCCCGGGCGCGCCAUGUUCGCGCGUGGGUCCCGGAGGCGUCGCUCCGGGCGCGCGCCUCCUGAGUCAGAGGNCCCAGACCGUGGCCAGCCCUGCAACUCCUGCAGGGAGCAGUGCCCUGGCUUUCUGCUGCAUGGCUGGAGAAAGAUCUGCCAGCACUGCAAAUGCCCUCGGGAGGAGCAUGCUGUGCACGCAGUGCCUGUGGACCUGGAACGCAUCAUGUGUCGGCUCAUCUCAGACUUCCAGCGCCACUCCAUCUCGGAUGAUGACUCGGGCUGUGCCUCAGAGGAGUAUGCCUGGGUGCCCCCUGGUCUCAAGCCAGAGCAGGCACAGUACUGCACGGCACUGGUAGAGGAAGAGAAGAAAGAGCUCAGAGCCUUCAGCCAGCAGCGGAAACGGGAGAACCUGGGGCGUGGUACUGUGCGCAUCUUCCCAGUGACCAUCACUGGGGCCAUCUGUGAGGAGUGCGGGAAGCAGAUCGGAGGUGGAGACAUCGCGGUGUUUGCCAGCCGAGCAGGCCUGGGUGCCUGCUGGCACCCUCAGUGCUUUGUGUGCUCCACCUGCCGGGAGCUGCUGGUGGACCUCAUCUACUUCUACCAUGCUGGCAAGGUCUACUGUGGUCGCCACCAUGCCGAACGCCUGCGUCCGCGCUGCCAAGCCUGUGAUGAGAUCAUCUUCUCCCCUGAGUGCACGGAGGCUGAGGGCCGGCACUGGCAUAUGGGUCACUUCUGCUGCUUCGAGUGCGAAGCAUCCCUAGGAGGGCAGCGCUACGUCAUGCGCCAGAGCCGUCCCCACUGCUGCGCCUGCUACGAGGCCCGCCAUGCGGAGUACUGUGACGGCUGUGGGGAGCACAUCGGCCUGGACCAGGGCCAGAUGGCUUAUGAGGGCCAGCAUUGGCACGCCUCAGACCGCUGCUUCUGCUGUAGUCGCUGCGGGCAAGCCCUGCUGGGUCACCCCUUUCUGCCACGCCGGGGCCUAAUCUUCUGCUCUCGAGCCUGCAGCCUGGGGUCCGAGCCCAGGGCCUCCGGGCCUGGCCGCCGCAGCUGGAGCGCGGGCACAGUCUCCGCACCGCUCGAAGCCUCCACAGCCUCUUUCUCUGCUGUGGAGGGGCCGUCGGAGAUCUCCACCAAAGGCACCAGCACUGAGGUCGAGCCUGCUGCGGGCCCCGAGGAGCCCACCCACUUUCUGAGAGGGGCCCCUCACCGCCACUCCAUGCCCGAGCUGGGGCUCCGCAGCGCCCCCGAGCCACCCCCAGGGACCCCCGGCCAUUUGGACCCUGAAGAUGAUUCUUUCAGUCGCCAAAGUGCCCCUCGAGUCAGCUUCCGGGAACCUCUGGUGUCCGAUGGAGGCCCUCGGCGAACCCUGAGUGCGCCUCCAGCUCAGCGCCGCAGGCCUCGCAGUCCCCCUCCCAGGGCCCCCACACGUCGCCGCCACCAUCAUCACCGCAGACGCAGGUCUGGCAGACUUCACCAUCAAUGUAACUUAGGAUCGGACUCCGAAUCUUGCUCCAGCUCCCCCUCCAGCUCCAGUUCAGAGUCCUCGGAGGAUGAUGGCUUCUUCCUGGGGGAACGCAUCCCACUGCCCCCGCACCUGACCAGGCCCCUGUCUGCUCAGGACACUGCAACAAAGACCCCCAACUCUCCAUCUCCAAUGGUCCCCGAGAACUCGGGGCCAGGGACGCCUCGCCAGGCCAGAGACAAGAACUGCAUAGUGGCUUGAAGGCGAGGCUGUCCUGGAGGGCUCCAUUUCUCCACUCUCGAGACUUGAGAAUAAAUCCCCUUCCUUUCUACCUCC